GUACUAGGAUCCGUAGCGUGCGGUGUGUAUGUGUUGACCACAGUGUUCCAGGCUGAAUCCGUAAGCGUAUGGAGUGGAUCUCUGCAGUUAAACCCGAACCAUGGACAUAAUCGCAACAACAUCGGGCCAUCCUAUUGUGAAAUGAUGUUUUUAACCAAAAUGACAGAUCCGGUUCUGUUUUUCUGACAUAGAAAACGAUAUCCCAGCCGGUUCGGAUCAUUUCUGCGCAUCAUUUGGACGGGCGUCUCUAGGAUGGACCACAUCAGAACACCAAAGGUUGAAAAUGUGCGAAUGAUUGACAGGCAGAAGCCUAGGAGAUCUACAUUGGGAACGUUGUACCUCUCCUCCACUCACACUAUAUUUGUGGAGAACUCUGAGGCACGCAAAGAAACCUGGGUUCUGCACAGUUUGGUGUGUAAUGUGGAGAGACUUCCGACGAACCCUUCAGGAAGUCCUCUUAUUGUCCGCUGUAAGAACUUCCAUAUGUACCGACUGCUGAUCCCACAGGAGAAAGACUGUUUAGAUGUGCUGGCAUCCCUCACUCGUCUUUCACGACCAGAGCACUACGGAGAGCUGUUUUGCUUUUCCAUCAAUCCCAACAUAGAUAAAGAGUUAAGGGAAAAGGCCUGGGGCUUCAUCGAACUCAAGGCAGAAUUCAUUCGAAUGGGAGUACCCAGAAACCUCUGGCACAUCACAGCAGCCAAUCACGAGUACAGAUUGUGUGACACGUACCCAUCCGAGCUGUAUGUCCCAAAGUCAGCCUCUCCUGCCGUCAUUGUGGGAAGUGCCAAGUUCCGGAGUCGAGGACGUUUUCCCGUUCUCUCCUAUUUCCACAGGGACACCGGUGCAUCUAUCUGUCGCAGCAGUCAGCCUCUCUCUGGUUUCAGCGCACGCUCCUCAGAUGAUGAGCAGAUGCUGCAAGCCAUUAUGAAGUCCAACCCUGUCAGCGAGUUCAUGUAUGUGGUGGACACAAGGCCAAAGUUGAAUGCAAUGGCAAAUCGCGCUGCUGGGAAAGGUUACGAGAACGAAGACCACUACACAAACAUAAAACUGCAGUUCAUUGGCAUAGAAAACAUCCACGUCAUGAGGAACAGCCAACAGAAGCUUAUAGAUGUUGGCGAACUCGUGUCUCCUUCCAUGAGUGACUUUUUGUGGGGAUUGGAGAAUUCUGGGUGGCUAAAACACAUCAAAGCUGUACUAGAGUCUGGAGUCUUCAUUGCUAAGGCAGUGGCAGAAGAUGGAAUAAGUGUUUUGGUUCACUGUUCAGAUGGUUGGGACCGGACCACUCAGGCCUGUUCUGUAGCUAGUAUACUACUAGACUCACACUACAGAACCAUCAAAGGACUGAUGGUUCUGAUAGAGAAAGACUGGGUGUCAUUCGGACACAAGUUUUCCCAUAGGUAUGCUCACCUGGAUGGUGACCCGAAAGAGGUUUCACCGGUCAUGGAUCAGUUUCUGGAGUGUGUGUGGCAGCUGAUGAAACAGUUCCCCUGCGCGUUCGAGUUCAAUGAGCGAUUCCUCAUACAGCUGCACACACACAUCUACUCCUGCCAGUAUGGAAACUUCAUUGGCAAUUGCCAGAAAGAGAGGAAAGACUUGAAGUUACAGGAGCGAACGCACUCUCUGUGGCCUCAUCUGUGGGAAAACAGGGCAGAAUACACAAACCCUCUGUACAGGGCAGACCACAGCCAAACACAGGGUGUUCUCAAACCUCUCACCACAGCCUACUGCUUCAAGUUUUGGAAGGGGAUGUACAGUCGUGUGGAGAAAGACGUGGCUUCUCAGCAGUCUCCAGUUGAUUGCCUGAAUGCAGUGAGGGAGGAGUCACAGCAAUUGGAGGUGGAGCUUAGCAGCCACCAGGAGAGACUCAUUCAGCUAAAGCAGAAGAAAAAGUUAUGGGAGAGAAAGAAACCUGCCAACCAGCUGUCUGAACGAGUCCGCCGUCCAGUCCCAACUGAAGUUGAACUACGUAGCCCUCUUGACUACAUAACCACCCCGAGAAGCGAAAGACACCCUCCCUCCUUCACACUGCCACUGGUGCUACCGGCUCCGCCCACUAGCGAUGACCCUGAUGAACUUUCAAUCUGCAGUGAUUUCGAGUCCGGUGUGGCUGACCUCAGCAGCCACUCCUCUAGUGCCGGAGAUGAUGCUUAGGACCCCGAUUCUGAUGAGGUGGUCAACAAAAACGCCUGAAUAAAAAUAGAACUGGUGGCAUGAAGGGAUAAAAGCACAGUACGGGUAACAAACAGGAAAACUGCUGUUUUAAUGUUUAAUGUAUUUUUAUUUUUUUAAGUGUGUGUGAAUUUGUAUUUAAGUAUGUGCACAAAGAGAGGUAGUCUAGCAACGAUUACUUUUUUAUUUUCAGCAUAGGGUUUUAAGUUUUAUUUAUUUUGCUGUAUAUUUCAUAAUUUUCAAUAUUUACAGUUUUAUGUUCUCCAAAUUAAAGCUAUAGUUUGGACUAGCGUACUACAAUACUACGUGUACUAUUACUGCAUCAUACAAGUUAGCAUGUGUGGUGUGUAAAUAUCAGUAUACAACAGAGCACGCUGGAUGGACUACGGUUUCCCAUAAUGCAUUGCGAUUACCUUGAUCUUCUAUUUCCAGUAGAGCGAGUGAACCAGCAGAAAUGUCAGGCACAAUUUUUAUGUCCCAUAUUCAACUCAUUAUUUGAUUAGACUGCUAAGAGCUAACCAAUUUUAAAGUAAUGGAAAGAACCGUUUUUAUUCUCAAAAUAACACUAUUUGCCGAGUUUGUGACCACAGUGUGGCAUACUACAGCUUAAACAUUUCUCUGCAGAAUGUUUCGCAUACUAAUUUUAAAUGUAGUUAGAAGUAUAGUCUUCCUAGAAAAAUAACUUUUUGCCAAAACCAUGUUCCAUUCUCAGUCUGUGAUCCCCAUUUAAAGGAAGUCUUGUACAGAAGUGAAAUGAGAGUUUGCUGUACAUGGAUGGCACCCAUACUACUCUGUUUCGGUCCUGUUUCUGUAUAAAUAUAGGACACAUAGACAAUCAGUCUUUCACAUCUCUGUGAUAAAUAUUUCAAUAACCGUAGAUUUUAAAAUGGUUUGUCUGGAACAUACAGGUGUGUACAUUUCUUGGGUAAACACCAUCAAUAAAAAGUUUGCUUAACAGCAGCAAACAAAAUUACAAAUG